AUGGAAACUAAGAAGGAGAGAAGCUCCAUAAAAAUCUCACUCAACCUGGGCGGGAACAAGAGGGAUGACAAAAGUGUAAGCGAAUACAACUCUGGGGGGGAUGGGGAUUUCCGGAUCAAGUCCAAGUCGAAGGAAGUUUCACAGGCCUUAGGCCUGAUCGAGGACAUCCGGAGUGGCACGUUCAAUUACAAAGACCUGCAGGAAAUUUACUUCAUGAACGACGUGGACUUGGAAAAAAUGAUUAGUGAGACGAACGCGGAGGAAGGGAACAACGAGAGGGGGGAGGCCCAUGUCGCGGGGCACAGUUCGUAUAGGGAGGACAAUAUGUAUAGUGGUGGCGACGUCCAUGAUGAUAAUAUCCCCCGUUCAAAAGAGUUCACCCAAGGGAAGCUCUUGCACAGUGGAGGAGUGGACCCACAUAACCACCCCAUGCAGAUCAGCGAGAGGAGCCUGACAAAUGAAAAUGAUGAAGAGAACGGAGGAGCGAGUGGAAGAAAUUUAUUUGUAUUAAAUAACCAAGUGGGGAAAGUGUGCAUCAUCAGAUUUCCCCCUGAUGUAUCCAAAGAAAUAAAAAAAUAUCUUCUGAAGAAAAAACUUAUGCUGGAAAUUGAACCAACCAAUUUGUUAAACUCAAGACUUUUCUUUAUACAUUUUAGAAACAUUAAUAAAAAAUUUUGGGGGAUUCUUCUGGAACUGUCAACCCACAUAGAAGUACACAAGACGCUGGAUCGAAAUAACCUAUACAAGACGAAUGACGUUUCACAGAUGAUUUAUGUGUAUGACCCAAGUGAGAAAAGAAGAAAGAAAAAAAAAAAAUGCAAAAAAAUGAUAAAAAAUUUUAUAAAAAAUAAUUUCCAAUUAAAUUCUGGUAUCAGCAAUAAAGUACAAAAUUUUCAUUUUGAAAAUUAUGCAAAACUGUUCAAGUACCAUGAUAUUUAUUUUGCAGAAAAGUUUCUUCAUGAUUAUUUAAACGCCAAGUAUUACGACUACUACGACAUGUAUGUGAAGACUUACACAGAGAUGCACACACACGUGCGCAUCAGUCAAGAGAGCCACAAAAAGCAAAAUGAAAUUGUUGAUGAAAUGACGGACAUUUCAGAAAUAAUAAAUUCGUUGGACAAUACGUAUAGCCUAAUGAGGGAGCUGGAAAAAGAGACCGGGGGCGACAUUUCCCUUGAGACCCUGCUCAAUUAUGAAAUCACCAAUGAGAACUACGAGUCGGACGUGUCGGACUUGUUGAUGGGCGGCAGCCACUACUUGAGGAAGAGGGCCUAG